AGUGAGCUACAUAGCGGUGGUAAAAUGCGUCAAAUAAAGGGAUGCUUGAUUGAGUGCGCCAAGGCAUUUAUUACUAUAAAAACAGUAGCAUUUGUAACCAUUUUCAAAUAAUCCAUUUGAAUCAAUAAGCCUUUGAACUCUCAUAAACAAUCGUUUACAUUAAUAAUGAAAUUUUCUCAAGCCAUUGUGUUGAUUGCAGUGUUUAGCGCGACUGCCAAUGCUAUAGUUGUUCCCGCCGAAGCAAGUGUAAGCACGGGAGGCCCUGAUGCAACAAGCACCGAUCAAUCGAGUACAAGUGCAAGUACACCAAGUGCGACAAGUACCAGCGAAUCAAGUGCAACAAGUACUGGUGAAUCAGGCGCUUCUGGGUAUACUUCGAAUUCAGGCGAAGGAUCGUCGCUAAGCGGGGUAACAGGCUAUCUCGGAUAUGCUGCUGAUACGGCACGCUGUUAUGGCGGAGCGUUCUGGAAACGCUUCCAAUCCGCCUUGGGUAGUCUCAUCCCUGAUAUUUUGAAACAAGAUCCAGAUGUGAGGAGGCAAAUCAAAGAUCUUAUGAGCAAGCUUGAAGUUAUCCAGACCAGAUGCCUGAACGGUGAGAAAAAUAAAUCUCGGGUAGAAAGACUUUUGAAGGAUCUCGAAGAGUUAUCAGCAGAGCUUAAGGAAAAAGUAAGGAAUGGCGAAAAAGGUGCCAAAGAAGCACUCGUUAAAUGGGAUGGCAUUGCCAAAGAAUUUGGUCAAGGUGUCGAGAAUCUGGCCCAGAUAGUGGAACGCGACAGAUUGGAGGCUUCCAAGAACGGUGAGGAGGAAGAACAAGAAUAG